UCCCCCAACUCCGGCGUGAGAGGGUUUCUCCCCAACCUUGCCCUCUGGCAGGAGACUUGGGGGCCCACUUCCCAAGCCAAGAAACUCGACACGCAUGGAUGGCCGCAGUUGCGCGCCCCCUCCAGGAGGCCCACCAUCGCCAGAGAUUCUAAGAAAUCUCGAGACAUGGCUUGCAUUCUCUGUAUUGGGUUUCGCACUUUCAGCAACGCUCAUUGGGGUUGUCACCGUCCAAACCUUUUUCUACUACAAACGCUUUCCGACCGACCAUCUUUUCUUGAAGAUUACGGUCAUUUUCUUGUGGUUAUUACAACCACUUCAAGUAUUAUUGAUGGCGACCGACUUCUAUGCCUUCACAAUAUCUCCUGGUUCCGCAGUUAGCAAAAGAUUGAUCUGGGCUCAAAUAUUCCCGCAAUUCACGAACCUGGUAGCAGUUGUUGUGUCGCAAUCACUCUUCGUCUAUACCACUUUCCGUUUGCUGCGAAACAUCUUCUUGCUACUCGCUUUAGCAUUUCUAGUGUCAUUCGAGGCUGGUUGGGGGCUUUUUGUCGCCGUAUCAAUAUUACAACGCACAUAUCAAAACCCAAGUGAUCCGCUUUUCGCCUCACGAAUGUGGCAUAGUCGUAUAUUCGUUCUCUCGAAUGCUUUUUGUGAUGUUGUUGUUGCCGGUGCUCUUGCUUGGAGUAUCCAUCGACGAAGGAAUGGAGCCGUGAGCGAUAGCAUUUUGAGAGACAUCAUACUGUACGUUGCUUGUACAGGUAUAUCAACUGCGUCAGUAUCAAUUGUGCUAGCUGCAGGUAUUGUAGUCGCUUCACCGAGGGUCAUCCCAUUCAUUGGGCCAAGUGUUGGCGUUAUUUCAACCAUUGGAUUUCUUUCAAAGCCGGUGGCACUUCAUGGCAGCCUUCACUCCCGUUCGCUUUUGUAUGAUGCCACGACUCAAAGAGGUGGGAUAAGUUUUCUUAUUUCCGUCACCCAUGACGUGCAGCAUGAGUCCGAUCGUGAAGGCCAACCUGAGCUUGAGCUGUGGUCAAGAGUUCCAAGGUUCGAUCAUGAAUACAAUGUGGAGGAAGCAAAAACAUUCGGUGAUAACCCCGCUUUCGAGCGACAGUCUAAAUGUAGGAGGCCAACCUCAAUGCCUGAACACAGGAAUUCUGGUGUAUCGGGGAUUGAAGAGGAGAUUGUAGAGGUUGAUCCUCAGCUUGGGUGUGAAAGGACGACCAAAUGAUGUUAGUGGUAAUACCUCGCGGCUUGGUUGGCCCUGUAGGCACCAUCACUUAUGGCUUGUAAUCGUGAUUUUUUUUUCCUCUGGUGAACGUCGGCCCGAGGGAUUAGAUGGAGGCUGGAGUCAUGAAUGCGGAUUUUUACUGAUUUGUUGUCAUGUGUGUUAACGUUAACGUUCGGUUCUCGUGUUUACUCUUCAAACUUUCUUGCUAGCGUAGCCCGGUCACCUUGAGAUGACCAAAGAGUGGGUUUUUAUGAC